AUGACGACAACUGCGAACUUCACCGGUCAUGAAAAGCAGACCACAUUGAGUAAUCCUCUAGUGCCAUACUGUUCCCCAGAAUUAGCUGAAGGUAUACAACAUCCGCUUGUAUGUCUUAUUGUGCUGAACAUUUUCCUGUCCAUCUGUGCGUUUCUUGGGAACUCGUUAAUCCUAGUUGCGCUUCACAAGAAAUCAUCUCUUCACACGCCGUCUAAACUUCUUCUCCGUUGCCUGUCAGCAUCUGACCUCUGCGUUGGGCUCAUUGCGGAACCAGCCAUUGUUGUGUAUUGGACUUCACUGCUUUUCGGGGCGAACGCAACCUGUCGAUACUCAGCUCUCAUCAGCCACCUUACAGGUUACAUAUUGGGCUCAGUGUCUCUGCUAACACUUACGGCAAUAAGCAUCGAUAGGCGCUUAGCACUGAUGCUGGGGCUCAAAUACAAACAGAUUGUAACUUUGAAGCGAACAUGCAUGACCGUGAUCGCUGUGUGGCUUCUUUCCAUUGUCGGCACCACACUCUUUUUUGUGAAUUAUUUCAUAACACUGUGGUAUGGUACCAUUAUAAUAUUAUCGUGCCUGGUAACUUCUAUUUACGCUUAUACCAUGAUUUUUCGUUUUCUUCGCUGUCAGGCGUAUAAAGUCCAAAAAACUGCCUUCCAAGGACAACCGAGCCAACACCUCCCGCCGCUUAACCUUGUGCAAUACAAAAAGUCGGUCAAAAAUGCGCUGUGUGUACAGUUAACUUUAGUGGUCUGUUAUCUUCCAUAUGCUGUAGCACAAGCUUUGCCGAAAAGUCCACAUGAAGUAUCCAAGUCUCUAUAUCUUGUAAGGGCGAUGGCGCUGACUUUAGUUGAUCUAAAUUCGACACUGAACCCAAUUCUGUAUUACUGGAGGAUCGGAGAAGUAAGACGAUCAGUGAAGGAAAGUCUUAGAAGAUUGGCCUGUUCUAGUUAA